CAGAAACAUCAUUUGCAGUACAACACCCACUACGUUGUACUACUACAUGCAGCCACACAGACCCAAAGUUUCUUCUAAGGUUAGCUAGCUUUUGGUUCCAAUGACAAUUAUAAAUUCCGCGUUUCCCCUCUCAAUCUUUACCUCCCUCCACUCUUUUCUACCUCUCUUCUGCGUCGUCGUUUCUGUGGCUUUCUUUCCACGCGCUUAGUUAUUCUCUCCGUUUCACAAUUCAAUUCAAGCACUGGUCCCUGUCACCACCACCCAGAGAUUCAAUUCUCCAUCAUUGGAAUUUCUAUACGCAACUGAGUAGUGAGGGUUUAGGAUUUGAUGAAUCCAAUGGGUACUAAUGCAACAAGCAACGAAGAACUCAAGGAGAUUGAGAAUCUCGGAAGAGAAGAUAUUGAAGAGGCUCCGGUUGUGCCUGAUGACGUGAGUAGAAUAGCACCAUGGCCAAGACAGAUUACAAUUCGGGGACUGGUAGCUAGCUUUCUGAUUGGAACAAUUUAUAGUGUGAUUGUGAUGAAGUUGAACCUCACAACUGGGUUAGUCCCGAAUCUCAAUGUCUCGGCUGCUCUGCUUGGUUUUGUGUUCAUUAGAGCUUGGACUAAGAUUCUUGCAAAGGCCAAUAUUGUUUCAACACCAUUCACUAGACAGGAGAAUACCGUAAUCCAGACUUGUGCAGUCGCUUGCUAUAGCAUCGCGGUUGGAGGUGGUUUUGGGUCUUACCUCUUGGGUUUGAAUAGGAAGACAUAUGAGCAAGCAGGGUUUGAUACAGAGGGGAACAAUCCUUCGAGUACUAAGGAGCCUGGGAUUGGAUGGAUGACAGGCUUUCUCUUUGUCACCAGCUUUGUUGGGUUGUUGGCGUUGGUUCCCAUUAGAAAGAUUAUGAUAAUAGACUACAAAUUAACUUAUCCAAGUGGAACUGCUACUGCUGUUCUUAUCAACGGGUUCCAUACUCCUAAAGGAGAUGCGAUGGCCAAAAAGCAGGUUCAUGGUUUCUUGAAAUUCUUCUCAGCCAGUUUCUUCUGGGCUUUCUUUCAAUGGUUUUAUACGGGUGGAGAUAGUUGUGGAUUUGUUCAGUUUCCCACUUUUGGAUUGAAAGCAUGGAAAAAUUCAUUCUAUUUUGAUUUCAGCAUGACUUAUGUCGGAGCAGGAAUGAUCUGUUCCCAUCUUGUAAAUUUAUCCUUGCUUCUGGGUGCUGUGAUUUCAUGGGGCAUUAUGUGGCCGUUAAUCCGGGGACUAAAAGGAGAAUGGUUUCCCGCAAGUAUACCAGAAAGUAGCAUGAAAAGUCUUAAUGGCUAUAAGGUUUUUAUUUCCAUUGCAUUGAUUCUUGGUGAUGGGCUUUACAAUUUUGUCAAAGUCCUCUAUUUCACUGCCACGAAUAUCCACGCCUCCGUGAAGAGGAAGAACCUUAAUACAUUUUCAGAUAACCAGAAACCGCUCCCUAUUGAUGAUCUUAGAAGGAAUGAGGUGUUUGCAAGAGAGAGCAUUCCCAUAUGGUUAGCAUGUGCUGGGUACAUAUUGUUCUCCAUCGUUUCUAUUAUUGUGAUCCCUUUGAUGUUCCCCCAGUUGAAGUGGUAUUACGUGGUGUUUGCAUAUCUUUUCGCACCCUCUCUGGGCUUCUGCAAUGCUUAUGGUGCGGGCUUAACAGACAUGAACAUGGCAUAUAACUAUGGGAAAGUGGCUCUCUUUGUGCUUGCAGCCUUGGCAGGAAAAAGUGACGGUGUAGUUGCUGGACUUGUGGGGUGUGGCCUGAUAAAAUCCAUUGUCUCCAUUUCAUCUGAUUUGAUGCAUGAUUUCAAGACUGGCCAUCUCACUUUCACUUCCCCUCGUUCAAUGCUUCUAAGCCAAGCAAUUGGGACAGCAAUAGGCUGUGUUGUUGCUCCUCUCACAUUCUUCCUUUUCUACAAGGCUUUUGAUGUGGGAAACCCAAAUGGGGAUUACAAGGCACCAUAUGCAAUCAUUUAUAGAAACAUGGCAAUUCUUGGUGUGGAAGGCUUUUCUGCCCUUCCUCGGCACUGCCUGCAACUCUGCUAUGGAUUUUUUGCAUUUGCCAUAGUAGCCAACUUGGUCAGAGAUCUUGGCCCCAAAAAGGUUGGGAAUUGGAUUCCACUUCCAAUGGCAAUGGCCGUUCCUUUCCUAGUUGGUGGUUACUUUGCCAUUGACAUGUGCAUGGGUAGUUUGGUUGUGUUUAUGUGGCACAAACUAAACAAAAGUGAAGCAAGUUUGAUGGUUCCUGCUGCUGCUUCUGGUUUGAUUUGUGGAGAUGGAUUGUGGAUUCUCCCUUCAUCCAUUCUAGCUUUGUUAAAAGUUCGUCCACCAAUCUGCAUGAGCUUCCUCUCAUCCAGUUCCAGUUAGAACUUCACAAUAGCAUUCAAAUAUAUAUAGAUAGGAUGAAACACAUGCAAUCAAGCUUAGUAGUUGCUACGAUGAUUAUGGCCAUAAUGUCGUAGGAGGCUUGAUUGUUAUCAAUUACAUUCAUAAAAUUCAGCUCUUAGAAUCUUCAUCCAUGUAAAUAUUGACACACUUUGUUACGGGGAGUAGUCAAUUUGAGCACACCUUCAAUCUCUCUGCACAAAUGUGUAAGAGUGAACA